AUGUUAAUUCGGUUCGGUCAAAAGGUCGAAAAUGAGUUCAGGGAAGAACUUUUCCUUACCGUUCGUGCAGAUAAUCAUGUGACCAGACUGAAGAACGAAACGCGCGCUUUACGAUUGAAGCUGCGGUUCGAACUGUUACCAGAGUCGCCCGGCACUCGGCGAGACAUUUACAUUUUUUCAGGCAAGUGUGAAAGCGGCGACCCCCGCCGAUGGUCAUGGCGACGAUCCUCAUCGACAGAACGCGACAGUGAGGGCAGGAAACAGCAAGAACCGAAGAACCUCGCCAAGGGCAGGUUCUGCAUCAGCCGUCUCCAAGGUAUGAUCAGCAGCGAAGCGAGUGACAGCCCGUCGUUCGUCGUGCGCAUCACUCAACAAGGUCUGGACGGUCUGAAGAAGUCCAUCGAGCCGGUGGUCAGCAACACGUUCCAGCGGUUCCGCGUCGAUGACGUCUACGACGCGUCGGUGCUCGGCCAAGGCUUGACCAUCUCCAACCUGCGGGUGCAGUCGUUCACGCAAGCGAAGCCGAUCGACAUCCGCCUGGUGCGGUCGGACGCCGCCCAGGUGGUCAUCGACGCGCCGGACGUCGACCUGUCGGUGGCGGUCGACGCCAGGGUCGGCCUGCUGCUGUACCAGUACACAACGUUCUUCAUGCAGCUGCGCAAGUUCCGGCUGACGGUCGGCGUCCACCUGAAGCCCGGUCGACCACCACAGCUUCUGUCGGCGGCGGUGUCGACUUGCCAGGUGACCAUCGAAGCGAUGGACGUGGACGUUGGCCAGCUGAAGCUGCAGAACAUGCUGUUCGUCGCCGCGCUGCCCUUCCUCAAGCCGAUCAUCAAGAAGCUUACCAGAGAGACGUUCUGCUCGACGCUGAUGCGUAGCACAGCCAAACCCAGCAAAUACAUAGGCACAUACGACCCGAUGCUGCAUGUGCGAAGAACCAGCGGCGACUACCAGCAGCUGGUCGAACGGCUGACGGCCAUCAUCAACGGCAUAGAGUUCAAAUUCGCUCUUAUGCACAAACCGACCGUGGUCGGUGUCGACCAGUACGCCUAUUUAGAGACGUUGGUCUCAGUGGACAUCACCAGCGAAGCUCAUCCGCCGCCACCGUUCGCCGUCGACCCCCUGGCGUCGUCUUCGUCGUCGUCGUCCACCUUGUCCAUUCCCUGCAAUUACAACAAGAUGAUCAACGUCGCCGUUAACCAGUAUGUCGUGAACACGCUGUUCUACUACGUGCAUGAAAAUGGCGGGUUGAAACUGAAGGUCAGCGUCAACGAGUCAAAGUCGCUGCGAGACCUGCUGAGGCUAAGAUGCGAUGACGACCUAUCGUGUAUCGGGCUGCUGCUUCCGGAUUCAGUGACCGCCGGUCACGAAGCGAAUGAUGGAGAGCUUUUGCUGAACUUCAUGCGACCGCCGCGCAUCAGCGUUGAUAAGACUGGAAUCCGCGUUCACUUGGACGAUGCGGCCAUCGACUACCGCUUCCAGGGUCAGAACAACAGCUUGCUGUCGUUCACCAUCUCCGCCAAGGGGACACUCAACCUGCAGAUGUACGACCGAACGAUGGUCGGCAAGCUGACCAUCACCGAUGUCCAUCUGUCGCCGAGAAAUGAUAUGGACAUCGGCGAUUUCGGAGCUGAUCUGAUCGGCGACGUGCUGAAGAUGAUCGUUCAAGACGAAAUUAAUAGCAUUUUGCAGCUGGGCAUCCCUAUUCCGGAAAUCGACGUCGCAUCGUUCAGCGGCUUCGUGCUGAGGACCGUUCAAAAUGCUAUGGUCUACGACUUCAACUUGGACCUGCACAACUCCAAGCUGAAAACACUUAUUAAAGAAUUUUUUAUACAUUGA